UUUGAUUGUGUUAGGACGAAUCAGAGCAGCAUUCAUUGACAGGCACACUCUCCGUUAAUCUUCUUCUUUGACUCUAACAAGGGACACGUGCAUUUCGAGUACGUCGCGCUGUGGGAGAACAUGUUGAUGGAUUGAUUCAAAAAGUAUAUACAAUAGUAAAGUGUUUAGUUCGAUUAAUUAGUUCGACAAUGCUAUUAUCGAAUCGUGAGUUUUUGAUCAAUCGCCGAAAAAAAUCGAUUUUUUUACUAAAAUGAUAUUUUAUGCGAAGCAACAAAAGCAGUUUGUAAAAGUGCGGCAUUGAUUUUUCAUAAACGUUGCUUAUCAUUGUCAAAUAAAACUAGAAUUCGUCGUCUACUAUACAAAGGUCGAGAAGACCUUUCGAAUUUUGGCGCCCAAAGCUCACUUCAGAUUAUCGAGCGACAAGUUCGAUAUUACCCGAAGCGCGACUCGGUCAAUAACUCGCGCGAAAAGGCGUCUGCUACACUACAAGUUCUCCAAUGAGCGGCCAGCUUCAGGCGUUAGACUUUAGUCAUAUGAUCGACUCCUGACUCCGCGCUGCCGUGAGAAAAUAGGGUGGACGCAAAACUGGGCGAGCCCCUUUUGACAGACAGCUUCUGACGUCCCGAGCUAAGAUUCAGUGCGCAAGGUAGUUUCUCUUUCGUCUGGACCAUCCGUACGAGACGCCAAGAUGAAGGGUUGCAUGUUCAACAUCGACGGUGGUUAUCUGGAGGCUCUCUGUCGCGGGUUCAAGUGCGGGAUUCUCCAACAGACUGAUUACCUCAAUCUCGUGCAGUGCGAGACUCUCGAAGAUCUCAAGCUGCACUUGGCUGGUACGGAUUAUGGCAGCUUCCUGGCCAAUGAACCAUCUCCCCUGUCGGUCAGUGUAAUCGAUGACAAACUGAGGGAAAAGCUUGUGAUCGAAUUCCAGCAUAUGCGUAACCACUCUGUGGAGCCGCUCUCCCAGUUCCUUGAUUUCAUCACUUACAGCUACAUGAUUGACAAUAUUAUUCUUCUCAUUACUGGAACGUUGCAUCAACGUCCCAUUUCUGAAUUGAUCCCCAAGUGCCAUCCACUUGGCAGCUUUGAACAAAUGGAAGCUAUUCAUGUUGCUGCUACGCCUGCUGAAUUGUACAAUGCUGUUUUGGUAGAUACACCACUUGCUCCUUUCUUUGUCGAUUGCAUUUCGGAGCAGGAUUUGGAUGAGAUGAACAUUGAGAUCAUCAGGAACACACUUUACAAAGCUUACUUGGAAGCUUUUUACAAAUUCUGCGAGGAUAUUGGUGGCACAACUGCUGACACUAUGUGUGAAAUUUUGGCUUUUGAGGCAGACAGGAGAGCCAUUAUUAUUACAAUCAACUCAUUUGGUACAGAAUUAGGAAAAGAUGAUAGGGCCAAAUUGUACCCACGUUGUGGACGCCUGAACCCUGAUGGUUUGGCUGCUCUUGCUCGUGCUGAUGACUAUGAGCAAGUCAAAGCUGUUGCUGAAUAUUAUGCGGAGUAUGCUGCUCUUUUUGAUGGAGCAGGAAACAAUCCUGGAGACAAAACUUUGGAGGAUAAAUUCUUUGAACGUGAGGUUCGUCUAAAUGUUAAUGCUUUCUUGCAACAAUUCCACUUUGGAGUUUUCUACAGUUACUUGAAGCUCAAAGAACAAGAGUGCCGUAAUAUUGUGUGGAUAUCGGAAUGCGUGGCUCAAAAACAUCGCGCCAAGAUCGAUAACUAUAUAUCCAUUUUCUAAAUGAUUCGUUUUGUUGAUUUUUUUUUAAUUCGCAUUGUAAAAAAAGUUAGACUUUUUAACUUGUAUCACAUGAAUAUAGAGGCCACAUGUUUUAUUGACAACUGCCAAUGAAGUCUCUCCUGCAAAUAUCAAUUGGAGCAAGUGUUUGAAAUUAUUAUCAUAAAAAUCAUCAUAUUCUACAGCAAAGAAAGAAAACAUGUAAAUAAUGUAUCUUGCUAUUAUUUCCAGUAUCAAAUUAUUACAAAAUCACGAAAAGUAUUAUAUCCAUGUUUUAAUUGUUAAUUUAAUAUAUGUAUAAAUAUACAAAAAUGUACUAACAUUUCAAUGAAUGGAUCGUUGCAUUCCACAUCAUAAUAAUUAAAUGAUGAAAAAAUUACAUGUACAUUUCUGUAGCUACAAGAUGUAAAAUGAUAAAGAUAGAUAUAUUAUUGUGAAUAUUCAAAAAUCGUUUUAUUUUUUAUUAAUAUGCCUUAUUUCUUAAGAGUAAAUACAAAAAUAUUAUUGGUGGUUUUAACAAAAGUCAUUAUUUCAAAAUGUUAUAUAAAUAAAUAAAACGAGACUUGU